AUGGAUGAUGUCAAAGGCACCGCAAGUGGGAGCCCAAGCCCGAGAAGGCCCACGCACAUGCGCAUCGAGUCUGUCACUGAAGGCAUCAAAGCAGGGCAAUUCGACAACAGCUUUGGUACGGGCGACGAUUCUAUGCGCACGGAGACGGACUUUGAUGCAUCGAUGUCCAUGGACAGCCAUGUAGUACAGCCGCGGGCAGCACCAUUACAGCGCGCAGCGACAGACUCGAUAGUGUACACUGCCCCAGCGUUCAACAGCCCCGUAGCAGCAGAGGAGCAACCGUCGCAGACGAAGCAUGCGAUACGUGAGAGAGAGGAGCUCAUACUUCAGAAACGUCGGGCGGCACGAAGACGAGAUGAUGAUGAAUCGUUGGGAUAUUAUACCCCACCCCGUGCAGCGCCCGCUGCCAGACCUUCACGUCGGCGGAGUCAGAGUACUGGUGACGCUGGCGCCCCAGCAAAACGUGAUAUGCUUCUUGACCUCAGUAUCUCCGACAGCGAGGGCGACCUUUUAGCUGACAGCAUCUCGAAAGAGUUGAAGAAACUUGAUCCUGAACAUAGGAAAGGGAAAUAUCGUAUUCGGGAGCAUGAGGCAAUUUUUGCGUCUGCCGAUACCGAACAGGUUUCUCAUAUGUCACUUGCCGGUGACGUGAAUGGUGGAAAGGCAUGGAAGGCCGUCCGACGACCAUCGGAUAUGAAUGAAUAUUCCAAACAAAUCAAGGAAUACAGGUCAAUGGAAAAGCCCGGGAAAGCGCAUGGCAAGGUGUUUGUCAGAGUCGUUGGCGUUCGUGGCUUGCAAGUGCCUAUACCUCAGCAAGCUACAGCUCUCACAUGUACUUUGAACAACGGAAUACAUUUUGUCACUACUCCAGAAACCCGUCUAUCCAAAGAUUCGCGCAUUGACCAAGAGUUUGAGCUUAUCGAGCACAACAAGCUGGAGUUCACUCUCACCCUCAAAGUGCGUCGUGAUGCACACAUCGCCGCUCAAUCGCAGGCUCUUGUGCCACCGCCUGCACCACGUGUGCAGCCCCCGGCAUCCGCACUCAAGUCUAGGGGUGGCAUGCUUAGCUUCUUCUCAUCAUCACCUAAAAAGCAACCUCGUGCAACUCCACCCCCUCCACCUGUCCCUCCGCAUAAACUCCCAGAUAAUCUCGCGCGGUAUCUCAAACAAGAUGGAACCCUAGCACGUGCAUUGAUUUCGUUCAAAGAUGUGGCUGCGAGAUGCGAUACCCGGCUAUUCGAGACUAGCUAUCCACUAAUCGGACAGCGCAUCGAAGCUUCAGGGGGCCCAACUACCAUGGAGUUGGGAGAGAUCGUAUUGCAGAUGUUUAGACUUCCGCCUCUACCUGGUGUUUUGAGCAAUCAGCUUCCACAGAGUCUUGAAGACUGUCAUCGGGGUUUAAGACAUGUCGCCUGGCAUAAAGUUACGUACUUUGAGGGUACGCUGACGCAGCACGGGGGAGAUUGCAUGACAUGGCGGCGACGACGUCUUCGAGUGAUUGGUGCGAAUCUUGUUGCAUUUAACGAUGUCACCAAGAAGGCAACGGCCACUAUUAACCUCAAGAAAGCCAUCGCAGUUGAGGACAACCAAGAUACGCGUACAGGCGCUCUCAGUCCUGCUCGGUCAGUAAAUGAUUACGACGGGAUGUUCACUGUCGAGCGUUCCUUCCGUCUCAUAUUUCCUGGAAACCAAGAAAUAUUUUUCUUUGCGGACACGGAUGAUGAGAAGGCAAAGUGGCUUGAUGUAUUCCGUGCGCUUGUCGGACACAUCCCACCGAAUCCAUUAUGGGCAGAGUUAAUAUGGCAACGACAACAAGAGAUGGCGAAACAGCCCUCUACACAAAUGUCUUCUAUGAAGACAAGUCCCCGAUAG